ACGCAUUAUGUUAGUAUUGACUGUCUAUGCUUUGCUGGAGUGCGAAUUUAAUCCGGAGACUGGAAGAACUCCUGUACCCAGUCCUUUGAUCCAGCCAAGUGGCAAGGAGAAGAUGGCUGGUGAAGGUGGUUCCCUAGACCAUGAAGUUCUCAUGCAAAUGGCUAGCCUGGUGGAGAGCCUAACCACAUCUGGUCAACCUGCCUUGGACCAGGACACAAUGAAACAGCUGAAGAAAAUAUGCAAGGUAUCUGAUGCCUACGUCGAGCACUGCUUCCAUCUCAUCAUGAACCAGCUUGAGGAAGAGCAUUCAGAGAUCAGACUGUCUGCGUUUCAGGUCAUUAAUGAGCUCUUUGGUCGAUCCCAUCGGUUUCGAGAGCUCCUGGUGGCUGACAUGCAGGAUUACAUGGAGCUGACCAUAGGGACCAGUGUGGAUGUCCCUCUACCUCCUCCCAAACCUGCUGCUAUACUUCUGAAGGAGCAUGCUCUCAGGGCCAUGCAGGAGUGGUUUAACAAGUUUGGAAAGGCAUACAAGAAGCUGGGUCUGGGAUACACGUACCUCAAGAACUGUAAGAAGGUCGACUUUGUGAAUAUCCAAGCAAGAUCCGAUGCCGAGAGACGGAGAGCAGAAGAGAGGCAACGUCGCCUUGAGCAGGCUCAAGCACAAAAGCUAAAUAAAGUCACAAAAGAAAUGGAUGAAAUCAUCCCAGAGAUUCAGGAAAGUUUGACACAAUGUGAAAACUGCUUCCAGCUCCUCCUACCAAAAAUGACCUUCGAUGACCUCGAUGAUGAUGUCUCCAUGGCAACAAGCUCCACUCAAUUCCAAAGCAAGAAGACACCAAAGCCAUUACCUCAACAAAAGCACGAAGAAAGGAAAUUGGUGAAUAAGAGACCACAAUCAGAGGCAGAAAAAGAUGCUGAUAGGACUAAAGAUGGAUUGUCACAUAAUUCAAAGACCUCCCAAAAUUUCAAGCAUGAUUCAGAAAGAAGCUCAGGGGAAAAUUCUUCAGUGUUAUCUUCAGGGAAAAGUAUAUUUGACAUAGGGGAUGAGGAGGAUGACACUUUGGAAGGAGGUCAACCAUCUUGUGUAUCAGGAGAGAUUAAGAGGGAUCAUAGAAGAACUAAGGAAGGGGAAGAAGAUGUGGAAUGCGGUAGCAAUCUGAAAGUUGAUGGAAAAAAAUCUGAAGAGGAAAGAAGAAAGGGCGCUUCGAAGGCAGAUGGAACUAGUGAGAGUGAUGAGGGAGAGGAUGACAGCGAUAGCAACGAGAUGGAGGAUAUCGUUGGGGAGGAAAGGAGAAGCCUUCUUCAGCAGCAUGGGCUUCCAUCAUGGACAAGCAUCAAUAUCAACAUCGAUUUGGGUACUGAAGGAGUGAACAUUAAGGAAGACGAAGACAAUACUGAUGUCUUACAGAUUCUUGAGGAUCAGCAACGUCUCUUGACCACCAGGUACCUGACCAAGCUCAACAGCUGGACAGAGAUCCUGACAAAGUUGGGGAAAUCCGACAAGGUCAAACACUUGAUUGACCUCAAGAGAGAGAUCCAGGCCAAGCAGGACAAGUACAAGGAUCUCCAGGUCAACUGGACUCAUCCCCACAAGAAGAAAUCUUCGGGAAGCAGCAGAGGAAAAGACAGUCCCGGCUGCUCAGGUGUGAAUGACUCCAGGGGUGGAGGUGGUGGCAAGGGGAAGGACAUCCACAGCGAUGAAGAGGAUGAUGAUGAUGGCUUCGAUGCGGUUCCAGACAAGGAAGGGUACGAGUCGGACAUCCCGGAGGAGCUCAGAGAAGAGUAUGGCUUAGAUCGUCGUCCAAAGCCCUCGGCGCCAAGCCAAGAAACGCCGAGCGUUGAUUGGCAUCCUUUCAGGGAUGCAGACAAUGACAUCCUAGACCCAGCAUCUCAAGCUGGUAGCAUUGUAGCCAUGAAGGAGAAGCUUAAGAAGAUACGGGAGGAAACUCGGCUACCACCAGGAUACCAUGUGAUACCAGCCAAGAAAACCAAGAUCCUCACAGAGGAGGAGCGCAAGAGACAGGAGAUGCUGAAGAGGGCUCCGGUGGUGUCCUUUGGAACCGAUCUGGCUUUCUGGAAGAACCCUGAAGACAUAAAAGCUCCUGUCAUCCUGAGGCCUGACACAGAUGCUAGGACCUGGAUUGGAGCUGUACAAGAUGAAGAAAUAGUCCUUGAGUCGGUCAAGGAUAGCCUGAAGACCCGAGUGAUGAGCUUCACAGGGUCAUUCCAGGCGGUCAAAUGGAAAUGCAGAGCACCCCUUCGUAAUGGAAAACUGUGUGAGAGAAUGGAUAGACAAAAGUGCCCUUUCCAUGGUAAAAUCAUUGCACGUGACGAGCUUGGUAAUCCACAAGAAGGCAGCUUGAGUGUAAAGAAAGAAACCGAGGAACAAGCCAAAACAGACACUGCGGCUUGGCAAGACCCUGAGCUUCUCAGAGACAUUGAGGGCGCUACAGGCCUUGACCUUGGCUCAACAUCAUCUGGAAGAACAGGCCAGAAAGGCAAAGGAGGGAAGGGGAAGGGCAGUGGGAAGAAAGGAAAAGGAAAAGCCAAGAAGUAUCCUGGACUGACUGACAUAAGGAAGAUCAACAAGACAUCUAGGAAUAGGCUGGAGAAGAUCGUCAUGAACAGGGGAGCUGUGAAGAGAGUUGCUGCUGCCAUGGGCAAGGUUGACCAGAAGAAAUACAUGGAUAGGUUUGGCAACAACUUCAACUAUGCACUUUAAUUCCAUCAAAUUUAUAUAUACUAUGAAACUGAAAUGAAGGAAUAGAUUUUCAACAAUAGGCUGUUGGCCAUCUAAUCUACAUGUUUUUGUUAUGUGUAAAUGCCUUGAACAUUAUGAUUAUUAAAAUAGGAAUGUUAAAAGUGAGGAUAUGUUUGCAUUUCACUGUUAUUUUGGAUGAAUAAUCACUUAAAGCCUAUCUACUAGUUUGGUUAGGAUGGAUUAGACCUCCCGGCAUGGUUACUGAUAGGUUAUCUCAUCAAAUCAGCUCUCAAUUAACAUAAGAAAAAGGGGACCAUGAGGGACCAACGGUCACUGAUUACCCUGGUAGGCAUUGUUUGCUAUAUAGAGGGCGCAAGUAGCUAUAAGUAGUUACUUGGGGCUUAAACAUGUUCAAAAGGAUACUCAAGAUAUCUUAAUGAGUUGCGUUUUAUUAAAGGUGUUAAAAAAAGGGGGAGGGGGGAUCGGACGGAUGAAUCAUGUGAUCUUACACUAAACAUUCCUUUCCAACACACUCUUUUAUUUCCUUCCAAAUUAAUGUUUCUCAUUGUUCUGAUAAUGCAUCUCGUAUAUUAUUUUGAGGAUAUUAACAAUUUACCUAUCACAUUAAAAAUUGGAGAGUUCAGUAUGGAUACGUUGUAUUAUAAAAAUUUCUCAGGAAUACUGCCUCAAUAAAACUGCCGGUAAUUAGAAUAAUGCAGCAUUGAUGUUUGCCCCAGUUAUGUAUAUGCAGAAAUCAUGGGAUAUAGAAUAUUAAGUAGUUGUCUGCUAUAUGACAUAUCAGAAACAAAGUAUUUUGUUUUUGUUUUAUCUUUAAUUUGCAUCUCAUUCAUUUUAUAAAAAUGUUAACUGGAAGAUUUUUUUGAGUCUAUCACCUAAAACAAAAAGAUUGUCAUGUCACCAACAGAGAACGUUUCCAUUCAUUAAAAAAAAAAAAAAAUCAUUGUUUUCAGAAGGUAUAUGGCUUCCCUUUGGUGAAGAGACUUUUUAA